AUAAUUCACGUUUUUCCGCUUAAGUUAUUUCUUUGGUUACUAAAGUGACGCCACCGAAAUCGGGGUGUUACAUUGUGGUAUCAGAGCUUGUCGAGUCUUUCGGGAGUCUUUGGGGAAUAGGUCUUCUGUGCUAGGUUGUGUGACUCUGCAAAGAGUAAAAAUUGAUUGUCUGCCAAGCGAUUUGUCGCUUAGAAUUGAUUGAAGUUAUUGCUUAAUCAUAUUGUAUAGUAUGUUAGAUGCUAUCCGAUGAUGAGUACUAACUGUUUGUUUGACUAAGCAUAGGAUGGUAAGCCCUGACCGUAUGGCGAAGGCAAUAGCUACCAUGAUUGAGGCAAUGAUGAAUCAGGCUACUGAGGAUUCUUACAGACGCGCUGAGGAGGCGGCACGUGAGCAACCUCAACCGCUAAUCGAGGCGUCCCAGUACCAGCAAAGUAGGUUGGACCGAGCUGGAACUGGAGGACCAGUGAGGUCUGGUUCUCAGGAGUACCGUCAGUUGGGGCCGUAUCAGCAUCCGAAGGAGAGGGGUUUUACCCCAAGCUCUUUUAAGCCUUCGACUACUGCCACUCCAGGGGCAGGAAGCCAAUCGGCACAUCCUGAGGUGACAUGUUUCAGGUGUGGAAAGAAUGGACACUAUGCUAAUGCAUGUCUGGACCAAGGGCCUCGAUGUUUUAAUUGCAACCAGAUAGGGCACUUGGCCGUGAACUGUAGAACGUUCCAAGCGGGACCGUCUGACAACAAGAUGAAGGGUAAACUUCCUGCCAAAUCUAAAGGGGCGAGGAAGCAAGUAACGUGUUACAGGUGCAAGAAGGUGGGGCACCACUCUAACAAGUGUCCAGACGGGAGACCUCUAUGUUUUAACUGCAAUCGCCCGGGGCAUCAAGCCAAGGAUUGCAAUGUAACCAGGGUUGAGCCAUCUGUGCCUACGGUAAGAGGAAGACAUCCUGCUGCACGGGGAGGAGUCUAUGUCUCGUGCGGCGAGGGAGCUGACGGAUUAGUCAGAGGAGAGCGCACAAACGAUGGUAACCUUCUAACUAUUCCUUCUCAUUCUAGUAUAAUACGCUCCAUUACUCUCGUAGCACAUGCCACGCACCAAUUUUACUUAAAUUGUUUAAGCAUUGACUUUAUAGUUAUUACGCCUAAUAAUACUUUAUUUGACCGUUGCUCGUGUUUAAACUAUAGAAGUUACACGAGGUUCAGAAUAACACGUUAAGCCUAGAAAGUAGUCUUGCACCGAUGCGUUUAACAAGAAGCUAGAAGCUGAAGGAUGAAUCUCAGGGAGAUUCCGUAUGGAUAGUAUAUGUAUGGUGUCGAGAGUGUGUAGUUCCGUAGCGGCAUCAUUGAGGAUUUAAUAUCAAGAUCUUUGUGGCUACUGGAUGUUAGGAACUCAUCGACUGUUCCAGUGGGUUUUUCUAAAUCUUCACCUUCGAUGUAUUAGGCCUGAUCAACUUAAUAUUGAGGGGGUGAUAUUCGGAAUCAGAACUGGCAAUGGACUUUGAUAGAUGGAUUGGUAAGAUUAAUUUGAUUGGAUCGAGGAUUAGUGGAGUCGGGAAGUAAAGUUUUUGUUAAGUAAUUGAUUUCCUUUGGGGAGGAGUUAUAGUUUAAGAAAUGGAUAUUCAUUUAAGAAGUAUUGAAGAAUUAAAGGACAUUUGAGGUCCAAACGUGGUGAAAGUUUAGGUUUUAAGUCUAUGAAUUCUUGUCUUAAGUGCGUAGGACUCAAGGUUUGUCAGGUUUUGAUCGAGAGACUAAGUAUCGGAUUGAUGGGAGGACGAUCUAGUUACGGAAAUAAAGAGUUAGUAUUAAGAUUAAUACUUGAGGUUGUUAUAUGUGGACAAAUUUCUUAGAGUCUAAGAGUGAAUGGAACUUUGUUAUGGAUUCCGAUAUUGCAUGCUGGGGUUAGCAAGUGAAUUUCACUAAGUUAAGUGAGGAUUUAAGGGUUAAGAUUGACCUUGGGAGGUGAAAAUCAUGUUCGAAUCAGAGAUUUAGUGGUGUUGGCAUUAAUGAUUGUAGUUAAACCUCCGAAUGUUGAGGGAUCGGAUGAUAAAAUGACUAGUUAAGUUUCCUGAGGUACAGCUAUGGUUUGAUCUUCUAGGGAAUAAGUUCGGAUUUGGGGGAAGUGUUAAGGAUUUUAGGUAAUUGUAAAGUGGGUUGUGAAUAAGUGAAGGUUGGUUUUAUGGUUCAAGUAAGGGAAGUCUCGAAAAAGGGGAGAUGACAAUAAUGGAUUGUAAGAGAUUAAGAUGGUGAUUAGCUUAUAAGUUGCUGAUGAAUGGAUGUUAAAAGGGAUUGGGUCUAGCGAUGCACAAGGUAUUAAGACUCACGUCGAGUUUUACUUUGAGUGAUGACUAAGUAGAAGAUUGAUUUCAUGGUGCGAAUGAGGAUAGUUACGAAGUUGGAAUCGACGUUAAUGGACUAGUAGAUUCCAAGGGAAUAGUUCGUCUAUGAGUUAUAGAGCGAUUGAGUUAAGUUUUGAAUCAUGAGUGGAGAUCACGAGGACAGGUUGAACAUUCACUCUGGAAUGCCAGAGGUGUACUGAGUUUAAGCAGAAUUUUUGGACGAACAAAAGUAAAGGAUCAAGUGGUUAAGGUUGUGCAAUUGCACGUAGCGUCAACCAAUGUUAUUUCCAACAUAGAACCGACACGAGUGGUCGAGCAGGACGACAUAGAGCUUAAAGUACUUGUUUGACCAGAAGGAGUUGAACAUGAGACAACGACGCUGGAUGGAAUUUCUCAAGGAUUACGAUUUUACCUUACAAUACCAUCCUGGAAAGGCUAAUGUCGUUACUGAUGCAUUGAGCAGGAAGAUGCAUAUCUCAUCAAUGAUGGUUAAGGAGCUGCAACUGCUGGAACAAUUUUGAGAUUUGAGCUUAGAUGUGAGAGCAUCUGAGGGAGAACUGAAGUUUGGGAGGAUCAAGAUCACCAAUGGAUUGAUGGAAGAAAUCCGAGACCAACAGUUACAAGAUGAAUUUUUACUCGGAAAAUAAGAAUUUAGUAAUUCAGGGUAAGGACCCGGAAUUCAAGGUAGGGAGUGACAAUAUCCUGCGAUGCAAGGAUAGAGUGUGCGUACCUAACAACCCUGACUUAAGGAGGUUGAUUAUGGACGAAGGUCACAAAAGCAAGUUGAGCAUUCACCCUGGAAGGAAAAAGAUGUAUCAGGACUUGAAGGUGAAUUUUUGGUGGCCAGGGAUGAAGAGACAAGUGGCAGGAUAUGUAGCUGCAUGUUUAAUCUGUCAGAAGGCGAAGGUGGAACAUCAGAAAUCUUCAGGUAUGCUACAGAGCUUGGAUGUACCUCAAUGGAAAUGGGAUAGCAUAUCGAUGGAUUUUGUCGUAGCGUUGCCAAGAACUCAAAAAGGAUAUGAUUCGAUUUGGGUAGUCGUGGAUCGAUUGACUAAGUUGGCUCAUUUCAUACUUGUGAGAACUACGUACAACGUGGAUAAGCUAUCAGAGAUUUAUAUAGCUGAGAUUGUGCGACUUCAUGGAGUGCCAACAAGUAUCGUUUCCGAUAGAGACCCGAAGUUUACUUCACAUUUGUGGGGAGCUAUUCAUAAUGCUUUGGGAACGAGGCUGAGAUUAAGUUCUGCUUAUCAUCCACAGACUGAUGGGCAAACUGAGAGAGAACUAUCCAAUCAUUGGAGGGUUUGCUACGAGCUUGCGUGUUAGACAACAAGGGCAGUUGGGAUACCCUAUUGCCACUGAUUGAAUUCACAUAUAACAACAGUUUUCAUACGACCAUAGGUAUGGCACCGUAUGAGGCUUUGUAUGGCCGCAAGUGUAGAACACCUUUAUGUUGGUAUCAAGAUGGAGAGAAUUUGUUAGUAGGACCGGAACUUCUGCAACAGAUGACUGAGAAGAUUAAACAGAUCAGAGAGAAGAUGAAGGCUUCUCAGAGUAGACAGAAGAGCUAUGCAGAUCAAAGGCGCAGAACCCUGGAAUUUGAAGAGGGAGAUCAUGUGUUUCUGCGAGUUACUCAGACUACAGGAGUUGGUCGAGCAAUCAAAUCAAGAAAGCUUACGCCAAAGUUCAUUGGACCUUAUCAGAUUACUCGUCGUGUAGGACCGGUAGCUUAUCAGAUCGCACUACCGCCUUUUCUAUCAAACAUUCACGAUGUAUUCCAUGUGUCACAACUGAGGAAGUAUAUUGCUGAUCCGACACAUGUUAUCGAGCUGGAUGACAUUGAGUUGAAGGAUAACUUGUCUUUCGAGACACCGCCAAUCAGCAUUGGUGACACAAGGAUAAAGCAGUUGAGGGGAAAAGAGAUCGAGUUAGUGAAGGUUAUUUGGAACAAGGACACCGGCGAUGCGACGUGGGAGCUGAAGGAAAAGAUCAAGGAACAGUACCCAGAACUUUUUACUGAACCAUAAGUUUCGAGGUCGAAACUUUCUUUUUGGAGGGUAGUAAUGUAAGGCCCAAGUUUUAACGCUUUGGAUAAGUGAAUAAAAUAAAAGAGUUUAUUUGAUUAAGAUAAAUUUGUGAAGGAAAAAGGUUCAGGAAAAGUCCAAGAAUUUAUCGAAAAACCGAAAGAGUUAUAGCACGACUAACAUACGCUUAAUCCUAGGUCAAAGGUAUUAUUGAAUAGUUAAUUUACGCUUUAGGACAUGAUGGAAACUAAUUCCAAAAAUCCUCAGAGAAAUGUUAGAACUUCUCUUUUCCGUCCUUAAACAAUUAUUUCGAUGCGAAAUCCUGGAAAGUACGAACGUCAAAUUCCAAUUCUCAGAAGUUUGCCGAAACGGAAUCCCUGAUAGUUCGAGAAACCUAAGAUCGACAGACGAUGAAGAUUUUUUCUAUUCGGAGCUGCAAAUGAAGAUUCCACCCGCGUUCUCCUAUUUCUCUCGUCAUUCCCAAUCUUUCUUCAGAAGGAAGUUUUCUCAUCCGACGAUCACUGCAAAAAGUAGUUUUCGGGAUAAACCGACUUACACCGACUUAUGCCGAUUUUGGAUCUUUUGGUUUAACUCCAAGAAUCCUUUUCUGAGUUCUGGAAUUCUGUCGCCAGAACCUAUCUUAGAAUGCGCAGAGGAACGCGCAGGAAAAAUCCGAAUCGCAAAAAAAUCAUUUUUCCGCAUUUUCCAAAAUCUAUAAAUAGCUCAAAAAUUAGAUUUUUGCCAAAAAAUCACCCAUUCCCUCCCCCAAAAACCGUGAGCAGCUAGAGAGAAAGAGAGGAUCCGGAUUUUCGCGAAUCUUUGCCCGUUUUCUUCACCGAUCGUUGCUAAUCGAAGACCUUGAGGUAGGUAAACUAUAUCUCACUUCUGAUCGUCAGAUCUGUCGACUUUUUCCAUGUUUUUCUGAGCUCAAAGUUUGGAGCUUUUUGUAAAAUUGUCCAAAUAGCUUGAUUUCAGUGUCUAAACUUCUUCCCUGCAUGCUCCUGAGCGUGUUCUGCGGAUUAGAUUUUGUCAAAUGUCGACGAAAUGCCGCCGGGAUCAAUUUCUACCUUAAAUACCCAUUUUUCGGUAAAGUCGCAACCUUUAAGCUCUAAUCUAUCGACUUGGCUUAGUGCUAGUAGGAUUUGUCGUCAUAAACGUCGUUGUGGACGUCUCCAUCCAAUCUGUUUUUCAAAAAUCCAAUUUUGAAAUUUUGAGCUAAAAAUAAUGACCAAACUACCCCUAUAUCAGUUUUCGAUCCGAAAAUUUUUCCGAGCUUAGAACCGUCUUAGUUACGGCGUAUGUUAACCUAGGAACCAAGUUUGAUCGAAGAAAAAUCGACCCUCCCAAUUAAGGAAAGUGGCCGAGAGCUAUACCAAGGGGGGAGGAAAUCCGACUUUUUCGAAAACUUGUCUUAACGCGUUAGAUUGUCGUACCACAGAGUUUGUAAUGUACCGUGUAACCCUAGGACUUAUUGCUUGCUGAGUUUCUGACUCAAUGUGUUGAUUUCUGUGAUUUUGGCUUAAGGUUCUUUUGAAGAGUUUCUUGGAGAUCAAGGCGAGGAACGUGAAGGAGGUUGUGAGGAAAACGCUGGAGGAGUUACAGGAUGAGCAAGAGCUAGUUAGAUGGAGGAGAGGAGACGUUGCCGAGAGAUGGUGUGCGACGAGCUAAUGAUUCAGAGAUUAGUCGUGUGGAGACUACGGGGAGCUCGAUGGGCAUAGGAGGCUUUCAUUUUAUAUUCCUUUUGAAGUCUAUAUUGUGAUUAUAUUCGUUGAUGUAAAGGUAUUUAUAUUGUUGGGUAUUAUGUAUGCAUUUGAUAGAGCAUGAUUUGGAAAUUAUUAAAAGGUAUUAUGUUUCAAAAGAAAAAAAAUAUACACCUGCACUUUUAUGAUUUCGAAAGUUCAUUACCAUGAUUAAUUUACUUUUGGAUCACUAAGUAACCCUUGAAAAUCGGGGCGUUACAGAGGGCGAGCUGUCGUUGAGUAUAGUGGUGUGAUGACCGGGAUUUAGUAUUGUUUUUAUUGUACAUCCCUCACUUUAACCUACUUAGAAAAUAUGCACGACAAGUGCGUACUUAGGUAAUUGACGAGCGGACAAGCCAAACCAAUAGUUAUAGGACUCGGUAUCAAUGAAGUACCUUGUUCCUUGAUCGCUUAAAUUGAUCUUAAGUGAUCCAAUAUCCUCUCCAACUAUCUCAUCGACCUUAAAAUAAUCCCUACUACGAUAUGGUAUCCUCAUAGCAAUUUUGGUGUCGAUCGAGCGAGCGAAAUUCUAUAUCGUCGAAACUAGCGUCUAUAAAGACUUUUACCUUGACUUCUCACUUAGUGCAGCCCAUGCACGAAAUUCUCUCUCCAUAAUUCACUAUUAUAGACUCAUUCUACCUUAUAACCUAAUGGAGAACACAUAAGGCCAAAAAUGUUACUACUUUAGUGAUAACCCAUCACUUUCACCAUUUUUCAAUAGCAUAAUUAUUCAAACUUCCUCAAUGCAUGUUUCCAGCUAUUUAAUUACCAUUUUGACAUGCAAACAAGGUCAAAAGACCAUGACAUCACCAUUCAACCUCAUUUGUACACUCUUGGAACUUAGUAUCACAUGUGUAUACUUUAAUACCCCAAAAUACUCAUUCAAGCCUUUUCCAAAUUCUUUAUACACGUUCAGCCCCUCUUCACCAUAAAAAUCUGACCAAGCAUUUAGUCCCCAACAUCAUUACUUUCACAAACAAACAAAAGACAAUCAUUUCCACAAAGUUCCAUGCAUGAUGAUGCAUAGCACAUGUGCAUGACCAUGCUCAUGAAAACCAUUGCAUCAUUCCUUCUGAAACUUGAUGCCACGCAUACCACCUCUCCACCAUCUGAAUUCAUCAUUCCAAGCAUUUAAUGCUAAUCACCUUACAUGAAACUCCAUUGGUGAGACAACAUGCUUAAGGAGAUAAUCUUGAUUUCCUUGCUAAUCACUUCCAGCUCUAUAAAUGCGUGAGUUCUGAAGCUACUGAGGUUCAAGGACCCUAGUAUUAGGUUCAGAAACGAGAGAGACAGAGGGAGUAGCUCUCAGCCCUCUCUAGCUCAAGAUUGAACCUCCAAACUUCAAAUCUUCGAAUCUACCUUUCCUCUCAUCCAAAUCACUUCAAAUCUGUUCCAUUCUGUUUCUGGAAGAUCAUAGAGUAAUUAUGGGCAAAAUUAGAGAAGUUUUGGUCAACAAAUCGUGAAGAAGAAGAAGUCUGAACUUCUCCGGCGAAGCUGCCCAGUUUCCGGCGAGGAAAACCGACCUGUAACGGCUCUUUUCUCCCUCCUGCAAUCGACCCACUGCACGAAACCACAACCAUUCUCUUCCUUAUCACGAGAAGAACCUGCCCAUGCUCCCAGAUUCCUCAAAAUCUGAGAAAGACGCAGCUCCGGUCAUCUUCUCCGGCGAGCUCUCUCGCCGGAAAAAUCGUGAAAUUCAUUUCUGGUUCGUUAUAGCCUUUCUGAAUGUAUUAUUAAGCUCUGUUUUAGCAUUUAAGACAUGAAAAGCAUUGUUUUAGUCACUGGGUAAGCCAAUUUCGAAUCAGAUUAAGUAAAAUUCAAAUCUGCAAAUUUUGACAAAUCAGAGGCAUUAGGACGGCAUAAGCUUAGUUAUGAAUUGUUAUAAUCCUUACUGGGAAACAUUUAAAGCUUUCUGGGCACAUAGAUGAAGGAAAAGCUCACUGAAAUGGAAAACUCAAUUUUUCCUCUUCUUCACCUUCACGGUGGUGAACGUGGAGCUGAUUAUCAUCAUGGGUAGUUGGCUUAAACUCACCAGGAAUCUGUUACACGUAGUUUAAGAGUGGUACAGGUCUGGAUAUAGGAACAAACAAGCUAGGUAUAAGUGUUUUCAUGAAACUUCCAUUCUUAAGUCAUAAGAAACACUAAUUAUGGUAGAUUCAUGAAGAAAAUAGGUUAGUUAGUGAGUCAAAGUAAUCUUGAUAAUGCUAAGGUCGUGAUCAGAUUGAGAAUAAGAGAGAAAAGCACUAAUUGUUUCUAAUCAUAACUUGUUAGGGUUGAUAUGGCUAAUUAGUGACUAAAUAGACUUAAUUAAGUUAAUGGUAGUGAUUAGUGAUAGAACAUGAUCAAGUGAGGCUAAACUAGAUUAAUGUAAGGUAAUUAGAUGAUGAUAACAUUCAGUAGAAAAAUAAUUAAGUAGAGAUUAGCAGUAUGCUUAAUUAGGAUCAUUUGAUGAUUAAUUAAGGAAAAUGACUAAUGUUAAGUGUAGCUAAUCUUGAUUAAUUAGGACUAAUAUAGCUAAUUAGUGGUUGAUUAGACUUAAUUAGGUUAAUGAUGCUAAUUAGUGGAUGACCAUAAUCAAGUAAGGUUAAAUCAGAUUAGUAUUAAAUAAUUAGAUGAUAGUAGAAAAAAAAUUAAGAAAAGAAUUAGAUAAGGUGAUUAAGUAAGGUGAAUGACUAAUGUUAGUGUGAGAUUAAUAAGCUAAGUGUUAAUGAAGUUGGAUAAUGAUGUAAGUAAGAAAGUAAUUAGGAAAAUUGUAACUUAAGUAGACCAUAAUCAGUAAUGGAAAUAAAAUAGUUUAGUACAAGACAAAAGAACUAGGAUAUAAUAACUAGUUUAAUGAUAAUGUUAACCUAAGUGUAGUUAACUAUGCUAAUUGAAAGUUUACUACAGUCUCUAAGAACAUAAUUCAACCUAGAUGACUUAGAAUAAUGGGAGAACUUGAAUAAGGUGUCUAUAUGAAGUAGUAAAGGAGCCAUAGGAUAGUCAACUAAAGUAGAUGAUUAAUGAGAAGUCACUUAAUAAGUGCAUAUGCAUGUAGAACAAGUAAGAGCAAUAGUUAAGGACAUUAAGAUAUGUGACACUCUAGGAGUAGCGCUAUAACAUCAUAAAUCGUUGCAGAAUGAAUGAUUGUGCAAAGAGAUCGUCACUAGGCAUCAUGAAGGAAAUGACGCCAAGACGAGGAAUCUCCGAACUUAUGUUAAAUUGCAUUGGAUAUCCAGGUCAGCGGAGGACUGAGUUUACCUUCAUUAUAAGGGCUUGAGUGUGGUUUUAGUACUUGCUUUGGUUAUGUGUUUGGUUGGAUUAUAUGCUGAUUGAAUUGAUUGUCUGAUAUACGCAUUACUUGAAUGAAUGAUUGUUAUGAUAACAUGCUUAUUGAAUGAUAUGUCAUAUGAUAGUUGCCUGAAAGUAAUGCUGAUUGUGAUAAGCAUGAAUAAAUGGAUGUCUGACUUGUUUGAACUGGAUGUGCAUGACUGUAAUGCUGCACUUAUUAGAAGGGGAUUAUAAGUACACUGUGGGAUAUAGUGGUGUAAGAUCAAGAUUUGGUCAUGUGGUACAACUCUAUGUUUUGAUGAUAACAGGUAUUUAUUUGUGGAUGAACAAUUAUGGUACUCUAACGUUUGUCUUAAGUGUUUUGACAAACAGGUUCUGAUUCUGACACCAGAAGAUAUACUCAUCAAAAGAUCUGAGGAUCAGAAGUUCUGAGGAUCAGAAGAUCUGAGGAUCAGAAGAUCUGAAGAUCUGAGGAUCAGAAGAUCUGAAGAUCAGAAGAUCAGAGGAUCAGAAGAUCAGAGGAUUAGAAGUUCUGAAGAUCAGAAGAUCUGAAGAUCAGAAGAUCAGAGGAUCUGAGGAUCAGAAGUUCUGAAGAUCAGAAGAUCUGACGAUCAGAAGAUCUGAAGACCAGAAGCUCUGAAGGUCCAGAAGCUCUAAAGGUCCAGAAGCAGAAGUUACGAAGGUUAGAGGAUCCAAGCUUCCCUCUGACUCUGAUCACCAAGCUUCACAAGUUCCAACAUGAAGCGUAGUCAGAUCAGAAGUCAAUGGUUAAAGGCAAAUGUUACUAUCAAGAAAUACAAGAGCAGUGUACUAUUCUGACAAGCCUACCUACCAAAGUUCAGCCACAGCAGGUUCUGGAAGUUCUAGAAAUGCCCUCCAACGGUCACAUUCUCUCAACAGAAAUAUAUCUUGCACCUUGGACUAUUUAAGGCUGAAGAAGAGAAGAAAGACUAAGGAUAGAGAAACCAAGAGCUGCAAUACAAGAAAAGAUUCAAGCCUCUACUCUCUUCAUCUGUUCUUAUUUAGUUUACACUCAGCUUAUUCAUCAGCAAACCUUUGUAAACACCAACCUCAAACAGUUGUUUGAUUUUCCUUAAGGGACCGGGUAGGUCAGUAUCCUUAAGAAGACUAGGAUCUGUGUAUCUUAGUGGUGAUUCCUUUAGGAGAUCAAGGUUGAUCGGAUCCUAGAGAAGACUAAGAGAGUGAAUCUUAGUGUGAGCUAAGUCAGUGUAUUGUUAGUCACUUGUAGGUUUCAAGUGCAGUUGUAACAAUUAUCUAAUUAGUGGAUUGCCUUCAUUCUAAGAAGGAAGAAAUCACCUUAACGGGUGGACUGGAUUAGCUUGAGGGAUUUAUCAAGUGAACCAGGAUAAAAUACUUGUGUGCUUCUCUCUUCUCUCUAUCUUUAUCCGCUGCACCAUCUAUCUCAGAUAAACCGAAAAG